AUGUGUUUUGUCGGUUGGGAGGAAGUUUCACGUCCAAAUACUCGCGCCGAGAUUGUACAGGCCAUGCGCCGGAUUCGGUACGAAUGCAAAGUGCAAAAUCUGAAAAAGCGCAAAGUGACUAUCCACAUUUCGGUGAAUGGAGUUCGAGUGGUGCUCAAAAAACGCCGGAGAAAAAAAAAGAACUGGACUAAUGACGCGGAAGAAAUCGAACUACUCAAUCAUCCCAUCUAUAGAAUUUUCUACGUGUCGCACGAUAGUAGCGAUCUAAAAAUAUUUAGCUAUAUUGCACGAGAUGCCAGCACAGACACAUUCAAAUGCUCCGUUUUCAAAAGUCAUAAAAAGCAGUAAAAAAACAAUAUCUCAACUUUCAUAUACGAGUACACACGCACAGAGGUAUUUACUUGGCUAAUGGCCAAAUGCAAAAGUAAGUCAAAGUAAUUUGUGGAGAAAACUAAUUGAGGAAAAAUGUUUUCUAAAUGGUUUUAUCGAGAACUAGUGCAGAUGUAUACUUUUCAGAAUUCAAUUAUACAGUUGCGGACAUAAAAGUGGAGAUACCUAAUUAUGCUUGCAUGCGAUUGUGUA